UCCAUCCACACUCCUUUGUCUUCCAUCUAGGCGCGGCCACAAGCAUCCCCCAGCUUACACUCGCUCACGCGACCACCAGGUCUCCCGACACCAGACUCCCCGGAUAGCACAGAUCCUCCUCUGCACAUCGCGCCAGCCAUGAUGGUCAUCUCCUCGGCGUCGGACGGCGCCAUCCCCUUUGCUGCAUCACCCACAAAACCCACCAUACGCAAAACACUGACCAGCAAAAUGGCACCGCGCGCAAAGAGCAAGUCGACCGACACGUACAUUGCCGAUGCGACCAAUGGGCAGCAGCCCUAUGCACAUGCGCAGCAGCAGGCGGCAGCCGUCUGUCGCGUCGCGUCGACCAUCUCAUCCCGCAAGGACAAGGAGAAGAACAAGAUUAACGCCGUCAGCAAGGCGUCACUUGCCAUGCUCGACCCACGCCACGCGAUGGGCAUGGACUGCAACGACUCGCCGACCCUGCAGACCAAGUCGGACAGCCCCAACAGCCCGACGACCGCCGCGGCCUUUCCUGCAUCCUGGAAAGCUGCGAGUAGCCCGACGCCUGAGCUCGAGGCCUUCACCACGUGCGAGUCAUACAGCACGCCCAAGGUCCGUUUUCUCGACGACGAAGACAGCAACAGCGCCUCACCGGGCGACGCGCUCACCACCGUCGCGGGCAUCACAGAGGACGUACAGGCGUCUGUCGCGGGAAUCCACCGUGCUGCGAGUUUCGACGUCUGCGACACCGAGCGGGAGCGCCCGACAUGGGAAGACGACAUGCUCCGAACCUCGGUUGACCACCAGAGCGCGCGCGGGACCGCAUCGAGUGAUACAGCGCGCACGGCGCGUCCGAGCGACUAUGUCGGCGUUGAUCUUGCCACUGCCAUGGCGUCUGCAGGUGCCGGAAAGUCGCGCGGCAAAAACAAGGAUUCGACUAUCUCGCGGCUCUUUAGCUGGAAGAAAUCGUCCAGCAAGUCUAAAGUGAGCCAGCCGGUGCAGGCCGAGUACCAGCCACAGCCUCCGCUGCACCGCCAGCAUGCGCAGCCUCUCGUGCACAGUGCCUCGGCCCCACUCAGCGCACCUGCCGCAUUUUCCACAUUUGAGGAGCGCUACGGCCCGCUGCUGUCCAUCGCGCAGCCGCUCCAGCCAUCGGAUAGCUAUCAGCUCAACGGCAGCGCCGCCUACGGUCCGAGUAACGGCUUCUACUACGACCAAGAGUCCCGCACCGCUACCGCCACCGCCGUGGGCUCCGGCUCCGGUUCGCAGCCGAGCAGCCCGAUCCGCACCACCUCCGCCGCAAGCGCCGCUACAGCAACAACAGCAACGAAGUCAUCCAAGGGACCGCCUUGCGCUGACGAGCUGCCUCGCCGUCCGAGCAUUCCGGACACUUACAAAAUCAGCUUGUUCACACCGUACAGUAGCAGCAGCAGCGCAGGUACCGUCUCGCUGCGCGAUGCCCGCUCGCAGAACAAGAGCAGGCGCGGCGGCGCCCACAGCGCCGCCGCCGAGGCGUCCGUGUACGGCGACGGCUUCCUGACGCGCGAAAACAGCACAGCCGCGUCUGCCAAAGCGACGUGGAACCUGCUCUCAGACAGCGAGUCGUCCGACUCGCUCGCUAGUGGCGCUAACAGCCGACCCAUCAGCCGUGUCGUCCAGAGUGUCGGCCGCGGCGUGCCGGUGCGUCCGACAUCCUCGCGCACGCAGGGCAACGGCGGCUCGACGCGCGGCCGCAUCCAGAGCGUCUAUAUACCCGAGGACGCCGGCUCUCCCGGCGUCGCCCCGUUCGACUUUGCCGCAUGGGGAAGGAUGGGCAUCGAAGACGCCCCACCCUUGCCAGCGUUACCGAACGCUGCGUCGGCGCACGGCGCCGGCGCUGCCGGCGCUGCUGCUGCUGCUGGAAAGCGCGCCGCUCGUAGGCGAAGCCGAAGUGUCGGAUCAAUCGUCCCUCCGCCCCGCGCGAUCGGGCGAGGAAACGGAAGCAACAACACGCCGACGCAGCGUGACGUUGCCUCCUUCCGCGCCGAGAUUGGCCGUUCGCAGAGCUUUUCGACCGCCGAGGGCAAGACGGUGCAGGCCAGGCGUGUCAACCUUAGGCAGAAGGCCGUCAAGGCCGUCGCGGUGCCCAGCCCUGCGCUUUCCUCGCGCAGCCCUCGCUUCGUGCGUCCGCCACUCGUCGUUACUGUCAUGCCCCCGACACCUGACGUGGGCGGCGAGACGCCCGUCGCGGAGACAGGGGCGUUCCAACGCGCGCCGUCGCGCACCCGCGCAGGUGCACCCACCGCACAGGUCCCCGAGCUGGUCCAGGGCCGCCAGCGCGAAAACUCCGUUGCGGCAGAGUUCGCACACAUGACGGCCGAAUACGUCGCAGCGUGGACACCAACGACCGAGUCGUCCCCCGCUACUGACGGCGGAAUCGUCGCGCUCGACUUCCCAGGCGCUGCACACGGCGCUGUCGUCGUCGCCUCGCAGCCUGACCUCGGCUCGGGGAAGAAGCCGGCGGCGGCGAUGGCCAAGGUACCCGCCGCUCGCGCCAAUCGCCCGCGAGCCCCGACAGCAGGCAGUGACUUUAGCGAAGCGCCGAGCGAGGUGUCCACCAUCGGACCGUUCGGCUUUUCGCGCAGCUUGUCCAGCAGCUCCCUUUCGAGUGGUAGCAGCAGCGGCGCCAGCUUCAGCCCCAUCUCUAGCACCGCACACCUCGAGCACACUGAAGACAUGUUGCCCGCAGAGAGGGGCGGCGGAAACGAAGAAGGCGACACUUCGCUGAUGCUCGGCAUCGCUGCCUCCAAGCGCUCCUCGCUAUCCUCUGCGCUCACCACCUCGAGCAGUAUUCUCGACUUUGGCCGCGAGGAGGCACAGAUCUACGAGGAAAGGAUUUUGCAAGCCGACGCUACGGGUUUACUCACACCCUUCCAGCUACGCGACAAGUGCGACGAAUACGACUGCGACACGCCCAAGCUUGGCAAUAGCGGCAUGUCGCCUUCGCCGCUGUCCGCCACCGUCUCGGAGCACACCAGCAAGACGGGAGGCCCACAGCUCCAGCUUCGCUUCAGCACUGGCCUCGGCAUUGGCCUCGGGCUGGACCAGGCUCUCCACGAUGUGCCGCCACUCCGCGCUCCCAUUCCCGUCACAGCUGCCUUGGCCAUCAAAAAGGGUGGUGGCACCGCCUCCUCCGGUAUGAGCAUUAAAACGCCUAUGCAGACGAUGACGCCACCGCCUGCCAAGCCGCCAAAGUCACGUGCUCGCCAGGCCAACAAGGCCACUCCUGAGCGGAUGAAAGCCCCGGUUGGCAUUUCGUCUUCCUCGAGCUCACAGCAAGGCUACAUGCAAGCACAUGUCCAGUCAGCCGCUCCGCAUCAUUCCACCAUCCCCGCUUUCUUUGUCGCUCAGCAUCAGGAUCACGGCCUUGGCCUCGGCCUCCACCAAAGUCACACCGAGGAGCAGACCUCACCGGAUCCGUACGAUGGCUACGACCGCGGCUAUCAGCCAAAACCAAGCUGGGAGGGCCUGCCACGGUCUGACUCCGGCGAGUGGAGCAUGGGUGUUGCUAUGUAAACGCCACGCUUGACGUCUGCCCCGCGUCUGCAGUCCCAAGUCCUCGCCCAAUUCAAUUCAACAAGUGUUCCCAGUACAUUUCGUUUUGACGUUGUCAACCUCUUGCUUCCUUCGA